AUGGCAAUUGCUGUCGAAGGCGGGUUUAGUGCAGAUGGUGACAUGAUCGACCCGUCUGGCAACUUCGCUGCGGUGGAGCCGACGAUUUCCUACCGCCUGUGUGUGUACACCGCCGCAGGCGCAGCUGCAACUGCUGCUGUAGCUAGAGGUCUGGCUUCCAUAUACCGCUGUAGCGGUAGCAAAGAACAGCAGCAAAAACGUGCAGAGGUGGACGAAGAGGGACAGGAGCAGCAGCAGCAGCAGUGGCGGAGUGACCUGACGCUGCUACAGCAGUAUCAGGAACAGCUGCUGCAGCAACUGUCGUUUCUUUCGAUUGACGACCCGGACGUUCCUGCUACUGUUGCUGCAGCAGCAAAGCACCUUGCAGAGACGAAACAUGCUGUGGCUGAUUCCACGCCAUCUGCCGCCUGGGUUGAAGAGAUUCUUCCAAGCAAGUACGCCCAGGAUUUGCCCGUGGUGGAAAACCCUCCAAAAAUCUCUCCUUCUAAUUGGAAGUGUGCAGACUGCGGUGCCUCUACUAACCUGUGGCUCAACCUCUCAGACGGGUUCAUUGGCUGCGGGCGAAAGCUGUACGGAGCUGGCGGAGGGUGCUCGGACGGGCGCGAGGGAGCAGCCAUCAGACACUACAAGGAGACAGGUUCAAUCUACCCCCUUAUUGUCAAGCUGGGGACGAUAUCUGCUGAUUCAGCAGAUGUGUUUUCCUACGCGCCAGACGAAGACACCACAGUUAUCGACCCUAAGCUGCCAGAACACCUUGCGAGGUUUGGCAUUGAGACGCAGCAGCUACGCAAGACAGAGCGGAGCACAAAUGAGUUGGCGAUCGACUUAAACUGCAAGUAUGAUUGGGCUUCUCUAGCUGCUUCCGCAGCAGAGCAGCAGCAGCAGCAUCAUAAAGGAUCUGGAUUUGUGGGCCUCAGAAACCUGGGUAACACUUGCUACGUUAACGCCGUGCUGCAGGCCUUGUUCAGCGUGCCUCGUUUUUGUGAGAAGUUCUUGUGUAUUUACGAUCCGCUCAUUUGUUGCCAAGGCCUGCCUUCGGCAGUUGCAGUACCAGCGACGGGAGGUCCGGCGAAGUGUCUUUCUCUGCAGCUGGGCGCCCUCUCUGUGGCACUGCAGACUCGGCGAGUGUGCAUGCAGAAGGCCUUGGGGUUAAUACUGCUGCAGAAGACACUGCAGCAACAGGAUCUCCAAAUCGAGGAGCAACAGCUAAUCAACGAUCUCCCCUACAUGGCUAACGACGCCGUGUCUCCGUUGUCACUGCGCGCCAUCAUAGGCUCCUUGCAUGCGGAAUUCGCCACAAGUCGUCAACAGGAUGCGGAAGAGUUUUUGUCUCUGCUUCUUUCUUGGAUCAGCGACAGAGAAGCAGGAGACCGACGACAGCUCCAGCAGCUCAGACAAAUGCUUCAUUCGCGCGAGAGAUCUGCCGCUGCUGCCGCUGCUGCUGCGCUGGGGAUCACAGAUGAGACAUUACAAGAAGCAGAAAACGUUCUUGGAAGUGGAACGGUUGAUUCACUGUUCUCUUUUGGGGUAGAACAACGUCUUGAAUGCCUCCAGUCUCGGCAAGUACGGUACACGUACAGCCGACAGCAGGUGUUGGCGCUGCCAAUCCCUGUCCAUGUGCACCAAGAGGAGGAGGAGGAGCAGCAGCAGCAGCAACGGCACCAGAAGAGGAGAAAGGGAGCAGAGGGAACCCCCACUGAGUCGGACACUGGGGCCGAAGCCGGAGGGGACACGGCCGAAACAGUAGGCACUGGCCCGCGCUGCGAAUCAGAGGAGCCUGUGGCUGUUGCGGCCCCCUCAGUGCCUCUUGCCAGCUGCAUAGAAGCAGCAGCAGCAGCUGCGGCAGUCAACGAUUACCUUUCUCCAGCUACCGGCUCUAAAGGCAACGCUGAAAAGACCCUCCGGCUUACCAACUACCCAGACUACCUCCUCGUCUUCCUCAAGCGCUUCUACAUUAGUGACAGAUGGAUUCCAAAGAAACUCAAGUGCUCUGUCGAGAUCCCUGAGGAAGUCUCGUUCGAGGAGCUCCGGGCCUCCGGCCUUCAGCCGGAGGAGCGCGAGCUUCCUGACGAGCCGCCACAGCCUCGGCUGCAGCAGCAGCAGCAGGGCAACAGGUCUGAGGCAGCAUCUGGAGAUGCAGCAAACGACGAAGUUGUCUCUACGUUGGAGUCAAUGGGGUUCUCUAACAACGCCGCUAAAAGAGCUGUUCGUGCUACUGGAGGCGCUGCAGCUGAGAGCUGCGUUGAGUGGCUGAUGGGCCACUUGGACGACCCGGACCUCAAUGAUCCUAUUAUUGAUGCCGCUGCUCCUGCAUCAGGAACAGCAGAGGUAUCGGGAACCGCAGCAGCACCGGGUGCGCAGGACCAACCGGAUGCAGAAGCCGUGGCUAAUCUAAUGGCUCUGGGUUUCGAUGAGCGGAGUGUACGCGCAGCGUUCUUCGCGACUAGGGGACAGACAACUUCGGGCGGGGUCCCUACAGAUUCGGGGCUCUUUGAUGCUGGCCGUGCUGCUGAUUGGCUGCUAACUCAGGGCGCGGGGCUUGCUACUGCAGUGGAGGAAACCCUUACAGCUGCAGCAGCUGCUUCGGCCGCUGCGGCAGCCGAGGCGGAAGCUCGGGAGGCAGACGCUAGGGAGAAGCAGGCCCUGGAAGCUGCAGCGGCAGGGCUGUCGCCUUUGGAGCGAUGUCGGUUGGGUUUGGGAGAUGGGCGUGGGAAGUAUCGCUUGUUUGCGUUUGUUUCUCAUCUGGGGUCGAGCGUCUCUGGGGGCCAUUACAUCUGCCACGUGCGUAACAAAGACGGGAGUGGCUGGCUGCAGUACAAUGAUGAGAAAGUGACGAAGUUGCAGAGCUGCGACAGCCGCCAGGCAUAUCUCCUUCUAUUUAAAAGAGUAGAUACCGACAAGGAACCACCUGCAGAUGCACAAAACAACGGCUAG